AUGGCAAGGAAACCAGAUUUUAUCUUUGUGUCGGAUUUCUCCACAAUAUAUUUUCCAGGUGUGAGCAGUGUGAACCAGCUAGGUGGGGUGUUUGUGAAUGGCCGUCCUCUCCCAACCUGUAAAAGGAAAAAGAUUAUAGAACUGGCCACAAGUGGGGUAAGGGCGUGUGAAAUCUCAAGGAUCUUGCAGGUAUCCAACGGAUGUGUCAGCAAAAUUUUGGGCCGCUAUUACCAAACUGGUUUUGUAGAGCCCAAAGCAAUGGGAGGAAGCAAGCCAAGACUAGCUACCCCAAAAGUGGUAGAAAAGAUUGCUCAACUUAAGUGGGAGCAUCCAUCAAUGUUUGCUUGGGAGAUUCGAGAGAGAUUGCUUACGGACAGGAUCUGCCCUGAAGAUAAAAUUCCAAGUGUAUCAUCAAUAAAUAGAGUUUUAAGGAAUUUACCAUCAACGUUGAACUUUCCUUCUUAUUUGGAACCAUCCAGUCCAGGUUACAUGCCCAGUAGUGGUUGCAACUUCACAUCUAGCAUAAAGGCGCUUUUACAUGGGACCAGGAUCGGGGAAGUUGUCAAGGAUUAG